CGCUGCGUGAAGAUGCGCGAGGCCUUCAUCCGCCUCGGCCCGGCCUUCGUGAAGAUCGGCCAGGCGCUGUCCACGCGGCGCGACGUGCUGCCUCCCGAGCUCUGCGAGGAGCUCGCGCUGCUCCAGGACGCGAUGCCCGACUCGCUGACGGGCGCCGAGGCCAUGCGCGUCCUCGAGGGCGAGCUCGGCGCGCCGGUCGCGGCCCUCUUCCACGACCUCGACGACGCCUGCGAGCCCGUCGCGUCCGCGAGCUUGGGGCAGGUCUAUCGAGCGCGGCUCCGCGCGUGCGGGUCGCUCGUGGCCGUCAAGGUUCAGCGCGAGAACGUGACGGAUCUGUUGGCUCUCGACGCCGUCGCCGUCGUCAAGGUCAUGGAGCUGCUGAAGAUGGUCUGGCGGUCGCCGACGGAUUUCGGCGGCAUCGCGGACGAGAUCGUCGGGAGGAUCGUCGACGAGCUCGACUACGAGCGCGAGGCCCGGGACGCCGCGGCCUUCAAGCUGCGCUACGGCGGCGACGUCCACGUGCCCGAGGUGUUUCAAAAUUAUUCGACGGCGCGGGUGCUGACGAUGUCGUGGGUCGACGGGACGAAGCUGGACGCGUGGGGCCGCGAGCCGUCGCACGGCACGGCCGCGCGGCGCGCGCUCGUGCGGAGCGGCGUCCAGUGCACGGUGAAGCAGUUCUUCGAGGACGGCUUCUUCCACGCGGACCCGCACCCGGGCAACCUGCUCGUCGACGGCGACGGCGGCUUGGCGUACCUGGACUUCGGGAAGAUGGGCACGAUGACGGACGCGGACCGGCUCGGGCUCAUGUCGCUCGUGGUCCACUUCGUGAACCGCGACGCGCCGGGCCUCGCGCGCGACUUCGUGGCGCUGGGCUUCGUCAACGACGCGCCCGACGCGGAGCCGCGAUUGGUGGACGCGCUGAACCGCACGCUCGCCUCGGGCCCGGCGGACCGCGUGGAGAUGUUCGGCAGCAUGCGCGAGCGCCACUCCUUCGCGGGCGUGCUGGCCUUUUUGCGGGAGGCGCUGCCCGGCGGCGACGACGACCUCGCGUUCGCGCUGCCGCCGCGCUUCGCGACGGUCGUGCGCGCGUUGGUGUCGCUCGAGGGCGCCGUGCUCGCCGUGGACCCCCAGUUCGAGGUCGUGUCCGCGGCCUACCCGCACGUCGCGCGGGGGCUCCUCGGCGACCGGUCGCCCGCGUCGCGGACCGCGCUCCUCGAGCUCAUCCUCGACGCGCGCGGCAAGGUGCGCUGGGCGCGGCUCAACGCGCUCGCGGAGUCGGCC